GAGCCAGACGUCCGUGAUAACGAUGCGAAACGAUAACGACAUCGCACGUGUUUGAGGUUAUGUUAUGUUUUGGAAAAAGGUUUUCGUAAAUCCGAAACGCAAUAAUUACGUCGCGCUUACCGCCGCCGCGGCCCAAAAUCCGGGAUUCGCGUCGACAUCGUCGCCGUGUCGUACUCGUUGUCUGUUUCGCCUCGACCGCCGGGAAAUGGAUUCGAAGAGCCUGAAGGAUCGACCGCUCUUCGCCGUCGUCGGGUGCACGGGCACGGGGAAAACGAAACUCGGUGUGAGACUAGCCCAGGAGCUGGGAGGUGAAGUCGUGUCGGCCGAUUCCAUCCAAGUCUACAAAGGUCUUGACGUAGCCACCAAUAAGGCUACCGAUGAAGAGAUGGACGGAGUCCCGCACCACAUGAUGGGAACGGUGGAUUGGCGUGACGAGUGUAACGUACACCAGUACAGGAACGAAGCUCUAAAAAUUAUACAAGACAUAUACUCUAGGGGCAAAGUUCCGGUGGUGGUGGGCGGCACGUCGUACUACAUCGAGUCGAUCAUCUACGACAACCUGGUGCAGGGGUCCGCCGCCGGGGAACCGGAACCGGAUGCGGCGGACGACGAUGAUGAGCAGGACGAUGAUGAGCAGGACGACGACGGCGACGACUUGUCCGUGAACGCUUUCCGCGAGUACGCCUUGUUCCGUAACGUCAAUGAUGUGCCGACGGCCGUCACGGCGAUGGGUGCCGGACGCACGUACGUGUACGUGUUGUCCGAAGCGGUGAGGUUCGCUCUGAACAUGACAGCUGUCGGGCGGCUACCGUUCCGGCGGUACAGGAACACGUUCGUUGGUGUGGAUAACGUGGCCGGACCGUGGCCGCCGACGGUGGGUGAAUGUGAGGCGGCCGCGUUGUACGCUCACGGCGUCCGCGUGCUUGAUGCCGUUGCUGAGGCAGUCGGCCGGACUGACGGUGAACCGGACGUCCGAUACGAAGUGACGGCCGAGGACGUGGUGGUUGGCCACCUCAAGCGGUAUGGGUUCGCUGAUAUCCAUUCCAGGCUUGACGAUCUGCUGACACGGGUGAAAAAGGUGAGUAGGAUGGCGGCAAACGUCGACGUGGACGCAAAAGUCCAGGCGGCUCUGUGCCGGGCGCAUGCGGAGUUGCAGAUGCGGACGCAGCGGCUGACGCUGGCUUUGUUGGUCGACCACGAACGGACGGCCGUGGAUCUGCUGACGCCGGCCGCGCUCAAGGCGCACGCCGCUUACUUCGAUCCGGUUGCGGCCAGCGCGCUCCAUCCGCACAACACGCGCAAAGUGUUUAGGACUAUACAGAUUUACCUGGUGAGGGGCAAGCAAAAAAGCAAGCUGUUUGAGGAGCAGAGAACUCGGGUGAGCGGGUCUGAUGUACCAGUGGUUGCUCUGCGGUUCAAAGAAGUGCACAUGAUGUGGCUGACAUGCGACGCGGUAAGUCAAAAUAUCAUUGUUUUAAUCGAAUAAAAUAUUUUCACGAUCUACCUGUAAUAUGAUUGUAAAUACUAGAGUUAUGGGAAUGAUUUUGCUUUUGAACAAAGAUAUCCGGUGAAUUAAUUAGGCUUUUAAAGUAAAAAACGAGCAUUAUCGCGUGGCUCCCUAACUAGGAAUUAUUUUACGUACAAUCACAAUUAGGUAAUCACAAUUAUAUAUUAUAUUUAAUUUACACAUUUUAGUCGAUCUCGAGCAUUCUGACUACAUUGUAUACUUUAUAGCAGCUAGUAGUCUUCAACCAUAUUUUGACUCGCGACUAAAUUUUUCGUAAAAUAAUGUUCGUGACCCAUGUCAUCCUUGUCGACUAUGGAAGAAAAAUAAAAGCUUUAGGUGCUAUUAUAAUUUUGUGUAAUUUCCCGCGCAUAAAUAUUUUCUAAGAAUUUUCAAUAAAUAUUUGUCUCUAAGAUUGGGAUCUCUUAUCAGUAGACAUUUUAACUGUCAUCAUAUCUAGGUACUGUAAAUGGUUGUUCAUCGAAUUCAUAAUUUAUAAUUUCAUAGCUUACACGACUGAAAAUUAGGUCGUGACCUAAUGGUUGAAGUUCACUGCUUUAUAGUAUCAUUAAAAUAACUUAUAUUUAUUCUUAUCCUAUAGAUGAAUGGUAAUACGUCUUACUGUAAUGAAUUAUAAAUAUGUUCAUCAUAAGUGGUAUAUUUAAUUAUGUAUGU